GGACGGUCGUGCACAAUCCACGCUCCCCACGCCCCCCUCCCACCAGCUCCCACCUCUCCCAAAUCUCCACUCGCCGACGUCCACCAGCCCUCGUCCGCAGGCCGCCGCGCGCCUGGCCCCAUCCAGGUCUCCGCCCGGCGCCCCGCGAGGAGGCCGUCCAGUAGGCCGCCGCCCUGCGCCCCGAGCCCGACAUCGACGCCUCCAGGAGGCAAGGGCGCCGAGAUGACUCGCGGCAGCCAGAGGGAGCGCGACCGCGAGCGCGCGGCGGCGCGGAAGCCCAACGCCAAGGGGUCCCAGGACGGGCUCACCCCGGAGCAGCGCCGCGAGAGGGACAAGAAAGCGCUGGAGGAGAAGGCGGCCAAGAAGGCGCAGCAGGCGGCGGCCGGCGCCGCCGGUACCUCCACGGACAACAAGAACAAGGGUGGCGGCAAGAAGUAGGCGCCACCAACAGGCGCGGCGCAACCUCUGUACGAUUAUCGAUGCUUACCUUCGCAUCUUCGUAGAUGCGAUGUUUGUUGGGUCAUAAACUCGUUGUCUGCGAGCUUUUAGCUACCUGAUACAUCAUGAGUUGGUGAUGACAAUAAUAAGUGGUGAUCUGGUUUUGUAGGUCAUGUUUUGUUGCUUUUGUGUUCCGUGAUCUGUGUGACUUUGCUGUUGAUGGAUCUUUUGAGUAUCAUAACUAGCAUACAGGGCGCAUGAGCUACUGAACUCUUGCCAUCUGUAAACAACAGUCUACUAGCAUGCCUGUAAACAACAGUCUACUAGCAUGUUGAAACUGGAAAGUAGAUUAUGUUGUUGUUUUGCGUACUGUCAA